AUGGAUGCCCUCUGUGACGAUGCCCUCUCAGGCAAGCUCACUGCCGAGAGCCUCCAGCGCUACCUCCAGCCUGACCGUUCCAUCAUCAACAAAUACGGUGGUACCAGGAACCUUACGCCGCUCGCCGCUGCAUCUCUGCAUGGUCACCUAGACAUCGUCGAACUCCUCCUCGACAAUUUCGCCAACCCCAAUGCAGUCUCUGCCAACAAUCGCACCCCUCUCUUUUACGUGACCUCUCGCAAGGUUCCGCGUGACCAACUCGCUAUCGUGCGCGCCCUGCUUCAUGGCAAUGCCAAAGUCGAUGAAUGCUACGAUAACGACGGGCGGAACACUCCGCUCAUGAACGCCAUUCAGCAGCUGCGUGACAAGGACAUCGUUCACGAGCUUGUGGAUAGAGGCGCGUCGUUGACAUUGCGGAAUUCGAAGGGCAAGACGGCGGAGGACCUUGCGAAGGAAUAUGAUAUGUUGCAGGACGUACGACCCUACGCAAAUAGGAAAACGUCCUGGGCAGAGGUCAUCGAUCUCCUUGUCGCGGUCGUAAUGUUCGUCAUCGCCGUCGUGAACGGCGGCUCCAUCGAAGAUGCCUCCAAGGGCGUCAUUGCCAAACUGUACAAUAUUACCGGAGAGAAGAACAAAGGUCCCGCGGAUGAUACGGUCGCUAAGGGUAUCGCGACUCUUCAGACCAAGGAGAUGAAGACCACCGAAGAUCUCCAGAAUAACUUGACCAGCUACGUCUCAGACACAGGCCUCGACCAGUUCUUCAAACCGGGUGACACAUUCCUCCAGGACCUUGCGAAGAAAGCUGCGUCUCUUCCCGACGACCCCAAUAGCCUCUACUCGAAACCCGACAACGUCAAGCGUCUCACCACCCUUUCUCUCUACCAGCCCGUCAUUUACUGCGACGAUAGCGGCUCCAUGGACUCGGAUAAUCGCUACGAAAAUCAGCGCGAGCUCGUCAGUCGUAUCGCGCGCAUUGCCACCAGGAUCGUGCCUGAGACCUACGGCGUCGAGCUCCGCUUUAUCAAUGCGGAUUCCGCCUCCAACCUCUCUGCUGCCGAGAUUGAUGCUGCCAUGAGGCGUGUGGAGCCCGACGGCGGCACCAUGCUUGGCACGAGCCUACGAAGCAAGAUCUUGGAGCCGCUCGUUUACGGAGUCAUUGCUAGCGGCAAGAAGCUAGACCGCCCCUUCCUCAUAUGCACCAUCACCGACGGAGAUCCUAGCAGAGGGGACAGACCUUCCUUCAAGGAUGCCAUCGUGGAGUGCCGGAAGAUGUUGGUGAGGAACGGGUACAAGCCUAAUGCCGUCAGGUUCUGUGUCAGCCAGAUUGGAAACGACAGGAGCGCGACAGCGUUCCUAGAGCAGCUGAGGGGAGAUCCGGAGAUCAGUGACGUGCUCUACUGCACCUCGGAUCGGCUGGACGAUAGGUUUAAGGAAUUCAAGCAGGCGGAGAAUAGGUUGGAGGAGUGGUUGCUGAAGAUGCUGACGGAGCCUAUCAUGAAUCGGGAAUGA